AUGAGGACCGCAAGGCUUUCCAAUUCAGUUUCCGCGAGCCGUCUUUAUCGAGCGACGCCGGCGAACUUUCCCAGCGUCUUUGCGGCCCGGUCGAUCGCACAACUACAACGCAACAGUCGCGCUUUUCCCACCCAUGUAAAUGCAUUGGCAGUGCUUGUUCCUUACCAGCGAACAUAUGCGACCGAGACUUCCACAUCGUCCAGCUCCGGGACUCCUUUACCGCCCCCAGGGUUCGACGCCAACCAAGCCAAACAGCCUCUCUCCUCGCAACCAAAGGAUCAAGCGGCGGGCAAAAACGCAUCUUCCCAAGAGUCUUCAUCAUCAGCGACACCAAAUUCUCAGCAGACAGUUGCUUCGCUGGAGAAAAAUGCCGAGGGCGGUGUUAAAAUUGCAGUGGAGCCGGAGAAGCGAGCCAUAGAGAAGAAAGAAGAGACCAAAAAGAUGACCAUCGGACAGAAGAUCAAGCACGAGAUCCAACAUUAUUGGGACGGGACAAAAUUGCUUGCGACGGAAGCCCGUAUUAGCGUAAAGCUGGCGAUGAAGAUGGCGGCCGGCUAUGAGUUGAGUCGUCGUGAGAACAGACAGUUGCAACGUACUGUCCAGGAUCUAGCACGCUUGGUGCCCUUUUCAGUAUUUGUUAUUGUUCCUUUUGCCGAACUGUUACUCCCUGUUGCUCUGCGACUCUUCCCCAACAUGCUCCCCAGUACCUACGAAGGACAGAAGUCGCGCGACAAAAAAGCCGAAACUCUGCGGGGUACUCGGAAGGAGGUUUCGGCAUUCUUGAAGGACACUUUGAAGGAGACUGGACUGCCGUUGAGCGCCGAAAACGCCAAGAAAGAAGAGUUCACAGAGUUCUUCCGGAAAAUCCGCUCGACAGGCGAACGGCCCUCAGACGAAGAUGUCAUCAAGGUCAUUAAAAUUUUCAAAGAUGACUUGACACUGGACAACUUGUCCCGACCACAGUUGGUUGGCAUGUGCAAAUAUAUGAACCUGAACACAUUUGGCACGGAUGCUAUGCUGCGAUACAAUAUUCGUCACCGAAUGCGCCAGAUCAAGCGAGAUGAUCGAGCAAUCUCUUAUGAAGGCGUGGACUCUCUUUCGGUUCCCGAACUACAGAUGGCUUGCGCAUCGCGCGGCCUACGCACACACGGAAUGUCUCCAGGACGUCUGCGAGACGAUCUAUCGAUGUGGUUAGACCUACGUCUCAAACAAGGAGUUCCUUCGACAUUGCUAGUUUUGAGUAACGCUUUUCAAUACACUCAGCAGUCUGCCGAUCCAGAGCUGUCAUCUCAAAUCGACGCUCUCCGCUCUGUUCUGUCCAGUAUUCCCGAGGAACUAUUCCACGAAAUUGAGUUGGAAGUUCACAACGCUGAAGGCGCAGCUACUAACCGACAACGUCUUGAGGUUAUCAAGGAACAACAGGAACUGAUUGAGGAAGAAAAUGAGCAAAACACAGAGCAAGAAGGCAAGGGAGUCUCUGCGCCAAAGGACACCGAAAAUAUCGACGACAAAGAAGAUCAGCCCAAGCUCGAGGCAGCUGACCAGCAGGCAGCUGAAGCUAAAGAGGCUGAAGCCGACCAAGUCAGCGCCGAAAAUGGGUCUACACAGGAAGACGCCGAAAAGAAGAAAUAA